AUGUUCAGAGUGGCCCCCAGUGCCGUUGUGGCUGGGGACCGAGGAGUUGCGGAGAAGGAGAGCCGGGCAUCCGUCACCUUCCUGCUCAACAUGAUGCAGCCCUGCAACGACACUCUCAUGGCCGUCUUCCGCGAGGAGCAGCCAGCCAUGCCUGGGCCCGCCUUCACCCCAACCUCAUCGACGAAUGCGUCGUUGAAUUACAUGGAUUUCAUCUCAGACUUCUUCUCUCCAAAUGACGACUACUUUGGCACGGAAGAGACUUUCGCCAUGGACCUCCCGAUAUUCGACCUCGAGAGGAGCAGCUCGGCCCUGGACCACAUCCUCGCCAAUAUCAAGCAGGGACUGCGCGACACACUCGACCAAUGUUCAUCGGCUCCCAUCAGCGUGGCUCCAUCCCCAAGCACCCUGAGCACCAGCCAUGACGACUUCGGGCCCAUCGACGAGGGGACAACGGACAUGCUCCUCCAAGGCACACAUGCGCGCAUCCUGAUCGCCACUUACUUCCGCGACGCGAUUCCCGACUUCCCCCCCGUCACCCACGAGCCGUCCUUCUACGCCGGCCUCGAGAACGACGCCGGAUCCAGCAGCCCGGCAUGUGCAGAGCUCGUGCUUGCGAUCAUGAUCAGCGCCUCGCUCCACUGCGCGCCGCACGACUAUGUUCUCGCGGCGCGGAAGCUCAUCAAGCUGAGUAACGAGUGGAUCUUUGCCCGGCUACAGGCCGUCAUGCAGGAGUUCAUCUGCCAGCAGCAGGAUGAUGACGACGGAGUGACAUCGCGGCAGCAGCAGAACCGGCGGAUACCCAAGACGGUCCUGGACGUGGUCGCCGCCGCGCUCACGGCCAACGGUGCUCUGUCGAAAGUGAGCGAUGCGUCGGAGGAGGGGGCGCGGUACCUGCGCUCUGGCAUACCGGUGCAGAGGCUGCAGCAGAUCAGCUCUGCGCUUCGAGCCUGCGGCCUCGACCGGGCGAGGCGGAGCCGCCCGCUGUUCAGCAGCACAGACGGUGGUGAGCUCACGGAUUGGCACACGUUUGUGUACGAAGAGACCUGUAUUAGAAUCGCCAACUGGGGCGCGAUGAACGACUGGCUGCAGUCAGGGUGCCACAACGCGCAGCCCCCGACCGGCGUCGCGGAGCUGCGGGCGGCCCUCCCGUCUCCUCUCGAGCUCUGGCAGGCGCAGAGCGAGGGCGAGUUCCGCGGUCUACUCGCGGCCGCGGCCGCGCAGCACGCAGAGAGGCGGGCGGUGCUGACUCGCUCGGGGACCUUGCACAGCCGGGUGCCGGGCUCGAUCGCGCAGCUCGUGGAGAUGCUCACGAGCGAGGACAGGCUGUGGCGGCUUGUUGCCGGGAGCGUCUGGGCGACCGUGAAUAGGACCGACCUCAUUCUUACCAUUAUCGGCAUACACGCCAUCAUUCUCACCGCCCGCCACAGCUCGAUGCUGCCCCAGGUCGCGCCAUCACUGCGCCUGGCAAUCUCUCGCUGGCGCAAGCUGUGGGACAGCAUCGACACUCCUCCGUCGCCACAUGCCGUCGCCCAAGACACCACGGGCAGCGCGAUGUCGCUCAUCCGUGCGGACCUCCGCGACUACACCUGUCACCCCACUGCAGAUCUAAAUGGAAUCUCUCUGCCAGUGCAUGCUCCCUGGAGUGGCGGCGGGCAGCAGCAGCAGCAGCAGCAGCAGGACCAUGAUCCGCAGCCGCACCAGAAGCAUCAGGAGCAGCUCCGCGGACUGCACAGGCAUGCCGUCGGUCUGGCCUGGCUCGCGGCGUGCUUGCUCGACACGCGAGUGUGGCAUGACACGCGCUUCACGGAGCUCGGAUACUUCCGCAAUGUCGGCAGUGCGAGGGCGGGGGAGCUGCAUGAGCUCAUGGAGGCUUGCGGAGAACUUUGA